CUCCUAAGCUUAGACAUGACUUUCGCUUUGCUCACUCGUUCUUUAGCCGCCGUUGCCUCCACGAAGAGCUGCAGCAGUCAAGCGUUGGUCGGUUUCGCUUCAAAGUUGUCUGCUAUCAAUAAGAGUGGUGCUCGUUUUCAUCCGCAACAGUGUAAUUUUGCGAAAAAAAUGACUCUGCCGCGCUGCUUUUUCGACAUGGCCGUGGAUAACCAGCCACUCGGUCGGAUCGUCAUCGAGCUGCGUCCCGAUGUUGUCCCAAAGACGAGCGAGAACUUCCGCGCGCUCUGCACCGGCGAGAAGGGAUUUGGCUACAAAGGGUCGAUCUUCCACCGCGUGAUCCCGAACUUCAUGUGCCAGGGUGGUGACUUCCAGAACCACAACGGCACCGGUGGCAAGUCGAUCUACGGCAACAAGUUCGAGGACGAGAACUUCAACCUGAAGCACACCGGCCCGGGCAUUCUCUCGAUGGCUAACGCCGGACCGAACACCAACGGCUCCCAGUUCUUCAUCACGACCGUGAAGACUUCCUGGCUCGAUGACCGUCACGUCGUGUUCGGCAGCGUUGUCGAGGGCAUGGAUGUCGUGCGGAAGAUUGAGAGCUUCGGCUGCCACUCGGGCAAACCCUCCAAACAAAUUGUUGUCGCCAACAGCGGACAGCUGUAAAUCAUCCUUCCUUGCACCAAGAGAAAUAUCCAGUUCCUGCUGUUGCUGCUUUCAACAGCAGAGUCUGUUGUUUCUUUUUUUUCCACCCUCUUCAAGAAGAGAGAUCAUUCAAACUAUGCUAAACUUACCGGAAAUCGGAAGAGGUAGUGAACGGAUGGGAAAUGACAAGCGCGCGCGUAGGGUUAAUAACAAUUCGAGAAUUUUUCUUACCAUCGCUCAUUACAUUUUGCAUUUGGCUAAAGCAUACUAAACCAAAUUAAUUCUUUAACAAGAAAAGAAGGAAUAAAGUAUGUAAUAACAAAACGCUGUUAAUUUACGAA